AGUCCGAACCCUCCUCGACGCCAUAGCCAUAGCCAUCGUUAUUGGCACUUUCUCUUCUCUUAUUCGAUUCCAGUUCAGUCCGAAUAAUAGUUGAAAAUGGGGUUGGAGAGCUACGUGGUGGUGCACAACAUAGCAAAAAGGCACAACGUUGGAACACUUGCUCGAAGUGCAACGGCCUUCGGUGUAUCCGAGCUCAUCCUCGUUGGCCGUAGAGAUUUCAACUCUUUCGGUAACCAUGGAUCCUCCUCCCACCUCCGCUUUCGACACUUUCAUUCCCUCCAAGACGCUCGUCACUUUCUGAAGGACAAAGACUGUGAUAUUUGUGGAGUUGAAAUCACUCACAAUGCCAUCCCUGUCAAUCACCAUCCUUUCAAUAAAAGCACCGCUUUCCUACUCGGCAACGAGGGUACUGGCCUUUCUGCUAAGGAAUGUGAGAUAUGUGACUUUUUCGUUUAUAUCCCUCAAUAUGGCUGUGGCACUGCUUCUUUGAAUGUUACUGUUGCUGCUUCCAUUGUAUUGCACCAUUUUGGAGUCUGGGCAGGUUUUACAGAGAGAUCUCGUGAUGGAAAUAAAUUUGUUGUGGCUGAGAGACCUGUAAAACAGGCUAGACGAAAUUAUUGCACCGAAGCAGAAGAUUCAAUCAUUGAAGAGCGUAAAGCUAGAAAAGAAAAUGCUGCCAAUGGUUUCUUUGAUGAGACCGAGAGUGGCAAUUCAUCUUCAAACCUCCUUGACGAAUUAUUUGUUGAUGGUUGAUGGUUGAUGGAAGGUGUGUGAUUAAUUGGGGGCUUUGAUCAAUUAAUCAUUGAGAUUAUAAGUUGAGGGCUUGAGUGCUUCAGUUGCGGCAAAAGAGAACCGGCAUCUUACCUUAGCUGACGUGGAUCGGAGAAAACUUGAUAUACGUAGCUUGACAAAAAGUGCCAUUAGCUGGGAAGGUUUCUACCGUCAUUAGGUGUGUAUGUUGUAAUUUAUGGUGUGAGUUUGCUGCAAUUGCCACCAGUGACAGGACAUAGUUUGAAGUUGUUAAAACCUGUUUUGCUCGGUUUAAUUACUCUUGUAACAAGGAUCCUGACAUUUGUUUUA